AGGCUGGCAAAGCGCAGGCGCCACACAGACGGCGCGCGCCCCCUGGUGGCUCAUAAGACUCGUCACGUGCUGUCAUUCAACGACGCUGUGAAAGCAAGCCAGCUUUACGCCGCCGCCGAGCGCCCAGAGACCAGUGCAGCAGCAGCCUCUCUCCCAGAGACCGCAAGCGCGCAGCGCAAAGCGACCAUGGCCUCCAAGCCCCCCCAAACCGCACGGGAGCGCCAGAAGGAACGGGAACUCAUGGAGGCGCGCCAGGCCGGCACCGCGGCCCCGGCGCUCGACAAGGAGCGCGGCGGCGAAAUGAUCAAUCCUCAUAAUCCCGAAUUUUUGACGAAGAAGCCCUGGUACCUCGGCGACGACGCCGGUCCCACGCUCAGUCAUCAGGGUGUCGGGAGCACGCCCGUAGGAGAAGUCUCCCUGGCCGAGGCCGAAGCCGACGUGGCGAGACGACGAAGUGCCUGGAAGGCCCAGACCAGUGGUGAUGGUCCACCUGUGGUACCUGUCGGCACCUGGAUCGAAGCUCUACGACGAGGGAAAGCCCCGCACUUACCUUGCAAGGUGAAGGCGGUGCGGCUCGAUGGGACGCUUGAUGUCGAAUUCGAGAACGGCCAAAUUGGCCGAAGGACGCCGCGAGCCCACUGCAAGUUACCGAAGAGUGCGAUGGGGGCACGAGCUGGAUUAGAAAAACUGGGAAAAGUAGCGUAUGAUGCGAAACGCGAUAGGUGGCACGGGUAUGAUGGCGACGGCUAUCAUCAGGACCAGGUCAAAAAGUACGAGGAGCAGGACGCGGCUCGAGCUGCCCGUUCCCAGAACAAGCCCCAGUCCGACGACGAUAGUGACAGCGACGCGGAAGACCAGGAGGACGAUGGUUACAGGCAGAACGACGCCGGCGCCACGGACUUUCAGAAACGAUUUGCGAGGCAGGGCGGCGUCGGUGGCGCGCAGAUGAAGACGACCGUCAGGAAUUUACGUAUCAGAGAAGAUACGGCGAAGUAUCUGAGGAACCUGGACCCCGAAUCAGCUUUUUACGACCCGAAGAGUCGGGCGAUGCGCGAGAAUCCGACGCCGCAUCUGGGCGACCCGAAGGAUCUCAUCUAUGCGGGCGACAAUUUUGCAAGAGCUACGGGCGACGCUCUGGAAUUGGCCAAGACGUCGUGCUUUGCGUGGGACGCGGAGCGGCGAGGCACGAAGGCAGGAGGUGAUGUGGUACAUACGCAGGCCGACCCUUCUCGUACCGAAUUAGCUAGGAGGGACUUCGAGAAGAAGAGGAAAGAGGCAGAUCAACAAAAGCAGCGCGAGAUCGCGGAGAGGUACGGCUCGGCCGCGGCGGCGGACGAUCCUGACGAACGAGCCUUAAGGGGCGCGCGCGCCACGUCGGAGCGAUACGUGGAGUACGGCGCCGACGGUCGCGUGAUCAAGGGCGCGCCCGUCGCCGCGCGACAAUCGCGCUAUGCCGAGGACGUGCACGAGUCAGGGCAUGAUUGCGUCUGGGGCUCGUACUUUUGCGCGGCCACGUUCCGGUGGGGGUAUGCCGACGACCAUUCUACGACGCGCCAUUCGUAUGCGACGGGCGAGGCCGGACGGCGCGCUAACGACGCGGCCGUCGCGCGCAUGACGCAACCCGUCGAGCGGCCCAUGCUCGCUAAUUCCAAAUCGGGGACGACGGCGGCGCCGCCGUCGCGCGCGUCGCUCUACGGCGAGGCCGACGCGUCGCAGCAGCUCGACGAGGCCAAGGUCCGGGAAGCGAUGGCCCGGCAAAAGCCCGCGAAAGAGGCGGGCGACGGCAAGCGCAAGUACAACUCGCUGGCGACGACGGACGUGACGGCCGAGGAGAUGGAGGCCUACCGGCGGACGAAGGUGGCGAAGGACGACCCGAUGGCGAAGUUCCUCGGGGAGUAAUCUAGCUUUGGUGUG